CAGCGCCAGUCCAACCCGGCAGGUGCAGGAGGAAGAGGCGGUGCCUCAGUCCCGCGGCCGGAGACUCUCGGCGGCUGCUGCUUUUCUCCGAGCUGGCCUGAAGCCUCUGGGCACUCCCGGCUUCUGCUGCUGCUCCCGCCGCCGCCGUCGCCACUACCAUCGCCACCGCCACCACCGCGGGGCUCCAGGAGGAGGCGCAGCCGGAGAGGGCGGAGGAGAAGCAGGAGGAGGAGGGGAGAAAAGGUGUAGGGGGUGGAGGAUGGAGCCCAGGGCUGCCACGGCGAGCGAGCCUGAGCCUGCAGCGGCGUCCUCCUCCUUCCAUGCCCGGAUCUGGAAGAACUUGCAGCUGGGAGUGGGCAAGAGCAAGGGCGGCGGGGGCGGGCGCUCAGGGGGACCGGAGCGCCGCACUGCGGACACCCCGUCGCCCUCCCCACCGCCCUCGAGGGGCACUAGGGACGUAUUGGCCGGUGUGGGUAGCACGGGCAGCAGGUGGAGUGGCUUUAAGAAGAGAAAGCAAGUCCUGGAUCGGGUCUUCUCCUCCUCUCAGCCCAACCUGUGCUGCUCCUCACCAGAGCCCUUAGAGCCCGGCGGCGCAGGCAGGGCUGAGCAGGGGUCCACGCUACGCCGCCGGAUCCGCGAACAUCUGCUCCCGGCGGUUAAAGGGCCAGCGGCAGCCGCUGGAGCAACCGGAGUGACGCCUCCUGGCGGACGAUCCCCGGACUCAGCUCCCUCUUCUUCCUCCGCCUCCUCCUCCCUGUCCUCUUCUCCUCAGCCGCCCCCGAGGGGGGACCGAGCCCGAGAUGAGGGUGCACGGCGUCGGGGUCCCGGUGUGCAUUUGUGCCACCAGAAGAGCUCCUCUCUACCCGGCACCACAUGCCUGGAACAGCUGCUGGAGUCACCGCCGCCGCCGCCUCCUCCAGCAGAGCCUACACAGAGCCCCGUAGAACUUCAGACCCUACAGAAGGGCGAAGAGCGCGGCAGCAGUCAGAAAAUAAACACUGUUGGAACUAGUAAUGCAGAUGUCCCUUUGGCCGAUCCCGGAAUGUACCAGUUGGACAUUACAUUAAGAAGGGGUCAAAGUUUAGCUGCCCGAGAUCGAGGAGGGACAAGUGAUCCAUAUGUGAAGUUUAAAAUUGGAAGAAAAGAAGUUUUUAGAAGUAAAAUAAUACACAAGAACCUUAAUCCUGUGUGGGAGGAAAAAGCUUGCAUUCUUGUUGAUCAUCUUAGGGAGCCAUUGUAUAUAAAGGUAUUUGACUAUGAUUUUGGACUACAAGAUGACUUUAUGGGCUCAGCUUUUCUGGAUCUCACACAACUGGAUUUAAACAGGCCCACAGAUGUGACCCUAACUCUGAAAGAUCCCCAUUAUCCUGACCAUGAUCUUGGAAUCAUUUUACUCUCAGUCGUCCUUACCCCUAAAGAAGGAGAAUCCAGGGAUGUGACAAUGCUAAUGAGGAAGAGUUGGAAAAGAUCAAGUAAGGAACUCUCAGAAAAUGAAGUGUUUGGAUCUUAUUUCUCUGUGAAGUCUUUCUUUUGGAGGACAUGUAGCAGGCCUGCUCUUCCUGUCCUGGGCUUCUGCAGAGCAGAACUUCAGAGUCCUUAUUUCCAAAAUGUACAAUUUCAGACCCAAAGUUUACGUCUGUCAGACCAGCACAGAAAAUCCCACUUGUGGAGAGGGAUCGUCAGCAUCACCUUGAUUGAGGGGCGAGACCUCAAAGCGAUGGACUCCAACGGAUUGAGCGACCCCUAUGUAAAGUUCCGGCUUGGGCAUCAGAAGUACAAGAGCAAGAUUAUGCCCAAAACUUUGAAUCCUCAGUGGAGGGAACAAUUUGAUUUUCAUCUCUAUGAAGAAAGAGGAGGAAUCAUUGAUAUUACUGCAUGGGACAAAGAUGCCGGGAAAAGGGAUGAUUUUAUUGGCAGGUGCCAGGUCGACCUGUCGUCCCUCAGUAGGGAACAGACACACAAGUUGGAGUUGCAGCUGGAAGAGGGUGAGGGACACCUGGUGCUGCUCGUCACUCUGACAGCCUCUGCCACAGUCAGUAUCUCUGACCUCUCCAUCAACUCCCUGGAGGACCAGAAAGAGCGGGAGGAGAUUUUAAAGAGAUAUAGCCCACUGAGGAUAUUCCACAACCUAAAAGAUGUGGGUUUUCUCCAGGUGAAAGUCAUCAGAGCAGAAGGUUUGAUGGCUGCUGACGUUACAGGUAAAAGUGACCCAUUUUGUGUAGUGGAAGUGAACAAUGAUAGGCUGCUAACACAUACUGUCUACAAAAAUCUCAAUCCUGAGUGGAACAAAGUCUUCACAUUCAACAUUAAAGAUAUUCAUUCAGUUCUUGAAGUGACAGUUUAUGAUGAAGAUCGGGAUCGCAGUGCUGACUUUCUGGGCAAAGUUGCUAUACCAUUGCUGUCUAUUCAAAAUGGUGAACAGAAAGCCUACGUCUUGAAAAACAAGCAGCUGACAGGGCCAACAAAGGGGGUCAUCUAUCUUGAAAUAGAUGUGAUUUUUAAUGCUGUGAAAGCCAGCUUACGAACAUUAAUACCCAAAGAACAGAAGUACAUUGAAGAGGAAAACAGACUCUCUAAACAGCUGCUACUAAGAAACUUUAUCAGAACGAAACGCUGUGUCAUGGUGCUGGUGAAUGCUGCAUACUACGUUAAUAGUUGCUUUGACUGGGAUUCACCCCCAAGGAGUCUCGCUGCUUUUGUGCUCUUUCUCUUUGUUGUGUGGAACUUUGAGCUCUACAUGAUACCACUGGUUUUGUUGUUACUAUUGACAUGGAACUACUUCUUGAUAAUAUCAGGGAAAGAUAACAGGCAACGUGAUACAGUAGUGGAGGACAUGCUAGAGGACGAGGAAGAAGAAGAUGACAAAGAUGACAAGGUAUUGGAGAGUCCAAUCAGGAGGCUAGCACACCACCAGGAUAAGGACAGUGAAAAAAAGGGAUUUAUAAAUAAAAUCUAUGCCAUCCAGGAGGUAUGUGUGAGUGUCCAGAACAUCCUAGACGAAGUGGCUUCCUUUGGCGAAAGGAUAAAGAAUACUUUCAACUGGACUGUUCCAUUCUUAAGCUGGCUGGCCAUUGUAGCCCUCUGUGUGUUCACAGUCAUCCUGUACUUCAUUCCACUAAGAUACAUUGUCCUUGUCUGGGGCAUCAAUAAAUUUACAAAAAAACUUCGGAGUCCAUAUGCAAUUGAUAACAAUGAACUACUUGACUUCCUUUCCAGAGUUCCUUCAGAUGUCCAAGUGGUGCAAUACCAAGAACUGAAACCAGACCCUUCUCAUAGCCCAUAUAAAAGGAAGAAAAACAAUCUUGGCUAGCCAGCUCUCAGCACUGAGGAGACCAGCAUCUGUUUGGGAAGAUAAAAGAAAAAGCCUUCAGCCUCAGCAGCAUUUCCUUUCUUUCUGCUUUUUAUUUAUUUUGCCUUUUUAUCAUGAUAGACUUUGUAAAUAUUGUACAAAGGUAUAUGUCUUUGAAAAUAUACUUCUAUUGUACAGACUCAACUUGAUAAGGGUUUAGCUACUGCUGUGUGAAAGUCUUGUUAUAGCUAUGGAUAAUAAUGUAACACACUGAAAGAACAAAUGUGAGGGUGAUAACACUGGAAGACACACACUUCUCUAGUUACAAGUAGAAGAACCAGAAUAUUAGAUUAAAUACUUAAAUCUGCUCUGAUUAAAAUCAAAUCAACAUUUAAAUUUUAUGUAGAUUUAAAGUUUUUCUUAAAUGUGACUAUUUUUUAUCUGAAAGGUAAUCAUUACAUUUUUCUAUGUUUUAUACAUUUCAAGAAAGGGAAAAUCCCAAAGCCUGAAUUGGAAAGGAUGUAUUUCAAUCUAAUGUAGAUCCUGUCUUUAGAUCCUGGCAUUCACUCCUGUGCAAAUUACUUAGGUAUGAAUAGGUUGAUUUUAAACUAAUGAGUGCAGGUAUAUUCACCCCCUCAAGAGAAUCUGAGAUUCUGUGAAGAAAAGUUAUAAACCUUCUAUCAUUCCAUCUAAGACCUGAAAAUCUCUCCAGGACUAUGUAACAUAAAUACUGCCAGGUUUAUAAAUGAUUGCCUAUAUGAAUUUUUUAUCUACCGAAGUUAGUAAAUUAGCAACCCAAUUCAAUUGUCAAAAAUACUAGCAAAAUAAAUCCAUAUUGCUUUUGGUAUCAAAUUAUAUAUUUGUGCAUCUAAAAAUAUUUAAUACUCAAAUGUUCUCACAGAAAAAAAAUUACUUGCUUUCUCAUUAAGGUCCUGAAAUGCUUUAAUGCAUACUAUGACUUUGUUAGUGUGAAUUUUAAUGUAGAGGAGAAUGCAGUGUGCUAAGUGAUAGGCCAGUGUUUCAUUACAUUCAUUUAUGAAAAAAAUAAUUCUUGAUAAUAUGAAUGCAUGAAAACCUGUUUUGUAAAAUAAACUGCUUGGGGGUUGCCUUUAAAAAUGUUUCACUACUUACCAUAGAAUCUGUAUUUAAAAAUUGCAUUCCCAAGACUCUUACAGUGGCUUUUAUACCUGUCUCCCUGGUAUAUCAAGGGAACGUACCUCUGGAGAAAGAAAUCAUUUGGGCAGUGAGAAUCGUAUGUCCCUGACUUGGUAGGGGAUUUUAGCUCAGUUGAAACUGCUGCAGACAAUGUUUUGCACUACUUUCUUAAUAACAGACUGGGAUAGGGUGAAGGUGGGGAUUAUGCUGGAAAAUGUAGAAAAGCAGAAAAUAUAUAUUUCAUGCUAAAGGAAGAUUCUUUAAAUAAAUUUAAUCUCAUCAAAGCUGAUUUUUAAAAGUAUUUUUAUUUUAGAGAUAUGUUGUUAAAUACUAUUUCUUAUAAUAGAACUAUUUUGAUCUGUUUAUAUACUAUGCUUGAAAGAAUGUCAAUUAAAUUAUCUUUCUACAGAAAGGCUUUGACCUUAAUAUGCUCUAUUUAGUGCAUCAUGUUUAAAAUGACAUGCUUACCUCUGCAUACCAUCAGUUUGUUGCUAAAACAUUACUUCAUGAAGUUGUUACUAUAGAAAGUCUGAUGAGAUAAUUUGAAAUACUUUUGAUUAUACCUUGUGUGAGAUUUAUGUUCUGCGCUGACAAUGUCUACUCAGAUGUGUAUAAGCCUGAUAUUCUACAACCUCAGAUAUAUUUAGUGAACAGUAACCAUUAACAUAUGACUAGUUUUGUUUCAUUGUUAUCAAGUUUCAGAUGUUUAGUUCAAUGAUAAUGUUGACAACAUACUCACUGCAUUAAAUACAAAAGAAAUA